AUGAGAAGAUUUGGGCCCCUCCGAUGGUUCAACGCCCGUCGUUUCUCGUCCUGCGCGAGGGAAACCCGCCGACAACACUUCCAUACAUCUUUGCUCCACCUCGCCUCCGGCGAAGAGACGACGGCCUUCGCGGACGCUCUCGCGUUCGCUGCGAAGGCGAGGAGUCUCCCAUUGGGAAGCAAGGUUCAUGCUCAGAUCUUCAGAUCAGGCUUCUCCAGGGACAUAUUCACUCAGAACUGCUUGCUGGUUAUGUACUCAAAAUGCGAGGCUCUAGAGAGCGCCAUCAAGCUGUUCGAAGAAAUGCCAAAGAGAAAUCUCGUCUCUUGGACUUCCAUAAUCUCAGGGAGCAUUAAUAACUUCGAGUACAAUAUGGCCUUGGAGACUUACCUAGAGAUGACAAGAGCUGGGUUCUGUCCAAAUGAGUUCGCCCUUGCGAGCAUGCUCAGUGCCUGCACAGCCCUCGAGGACAUUCCUCUAGGGUCUUCUCUCCAUUCUCUCAUCUUAAAGAUUGGAAUGGAUGUGAAUUCCUUCGUGGGCAGCUCACUCCUCUAUAUGUACGCCAAAUCCGGGGAUAUCAGGUCUGCAGAAAGUGUUUUUGGGGCCGUUUGCUGUCCUGACCUUGCAUGCUGGAAUGCAAUGGUUGAAGGCUACAUCAUGAAUGACUGUGGUCAUGAUGCAUUUCGUGUGGUAUCUCUGAUGCAUUCGGAAGGACUCGUCGGUGACGACUUCACAUUCAUGGGUCUCAUCAAGGGCUGCUCCAAUUCCAGCUAUUCAAACUACGGGAAGCAGAUUCAUGGAGCAGUGAUCCGCCAUCAGAUGGAGUCCAGUACCAUGGUUAUGAACUCCCUUAUCGGUAUGUAUUCCAGAAUGGGCAUGAAGGAUCCAGCUGCAAAGGUCUUUAUCAGAACAAAGCAGAAAGAUGCUGUUUCUUGGAAUAUUAUGAUGACAGAUUUUGCUCAGGAGGACAAGGAUCGCGAGUUUGUGGACUCAUUUCGCCGAAUGUUGUCAACAGGUACAAACCCAACUGAGGUUACUUUCUCAGUGGCGUUUCGACUAUGCAGCACGGAACAUGGUGUGACUGUUGGCCUCCAGUUCUUUUCCUUUGCCCAAAAGCUUGGACUGGUGGACGAUGCCCUUGUCACAAAUUCACUCAUAGAUAUGUUCUGUAAGUGGGGUCGGACAGAGGAUGCCUGCUUCGUACUAUCAGAGCUUCCAUCAAAGGAUGUUGUCUCCUGGAAUCUGAUGAUCCUCGGAUACAUCUCCAACAGCUGCUGCACAGAAGCCGUACAACUUUUCCGUGCUUUAUGCAGGUGUGGUGUGAAACCGGAUGAAUCUACGUAUUCAAAUGUUCUCAGCUCUUGCAACGGUGGGGUUCAGUUCAAGAGGGUUGGAGAACAGAUCCAUGCUUGCGUGACCAAGGCUGGUUUUAGCUCUUCUUGCUACGUGGGGUCCUCAUUGAUCAAUGCUUAUGCUAGCUCCGCCAUGGUUGGAAAUUCGUUCAAGUCAUUUCAGGAGAUCAGAGCACCGGAUCUUGUGUCCUGGUCGGCCAUGAUAUCUGCACUCUCGAAGCAAGGCUUUAGCCUAGAGGCUUUAUCCCUGCUCAACAGUCUGGGUGAAGCAGGGGAGAAACCAGAUGAUUUCGCAAUCUGCAGCGCCCUGAAUGCAUGUGCUAAAAUCUCUGCUUUCACUCCAAGCAAGUGCAUCCAUUCUCUCAUCGUGAAGUCUGGAUUUGAGGAACACCAUUGGAUAGGGAGCGCUCUGGUGGAUGCCUAUGCAAAGUGCGGGGACAUCGAUAGCUCAAGGGCUCUGUUUACAGGUUUCCAAGGUGACUAUGAUUCGGUCCUCUUCAACACCAUGAUCACAGCUUAUGCCUACCACGGCCUCGUGGCUGAUGCCAUCAAUCUCUUCGACAAGAUGAAAUCCUCUGGCUUGGAGCCAAGUCAGGCCACAUUUUCAGCAGUGAUAUCCGCCUGCAGGCAUUCAGGGCUCGUAGAAGAAGGACGGAGGUUCUUCAAUUCUAUGAUCUCUCGGUAUGGGAUCAUUCCAUCAAUGGACAAUUAUGCCUGCUUGGUCGAUCUCCAUGCCCGGAAGGGCUAUCUUCAGGAGGCGCAAGAGGUGAUCCUUUCAAUGGCGGUUGAGCCCACCCCUGCUAUUUAUAGAUCGCUGCUGAGUGGCUGCAGGGUGCAUGGGAACAGAGAACUUGGCGUGUGGGCGGCGAAGAGGAUGAUCCAGUUGGAGCCGGGCAAUGGUGCUGCCCAAGCCCUGCUGCAUGGUUUAUAUGCCGAGGGAGGAGAUUGGGCAGUGGCGGGCAGAGCUGAUGGGGAAGGCGUUGAGCCAGGGACCUAA